UGUCAAAAAGCAAAAGACUAGAAAUAGAAGUGCCACAAUAGAACAAUAAUAAGGCAACUAGCAAUUUUGUUGGGAGGUCUAUUUUAAAAAGAAAUGUCAUCGAAAUGGCUGGAUUUAUAAAGACGAGAAAACGUAGUCGUGAAGAUGAUCUGCCAUGUGAGUCCACACCGCUCUCCAAACGAAUCAACAAUUUGCAUUUGAACUACGACGAUGGAAAUAGUAGUAGUAGCAGCAGUUGCAGCAUUCCAACUCUAAGCAAUGACAACAAUAACUACAUAGUACCACCGAUUGCAGGUGGACAAGCUGAGACGGUUGCAGUACUCAGUUCAGAUGGCACUCGGUAUGAGUAUGAAUACAAUCCGGAGCUGAAUGCUGAUCAAAACCCCUAUUACUAUGAGAAAAACAAGAUGUUGUAUGACUUGCACGUUGAGCGUCUCAAACGCAACACUCAUUAGAAUAUAUAGACAUAGAUACGUAAAUACACAUAAAAACAACCAUUGCUAUUUUAAGUUGCAAGAUACGGCAGGAUAUAAUUGUACAUACAACUACAAAAAACAUAUUACUUGAAAAUAGAGCUGUGAGACGUAAUUGUAUGUACUUAUCGUGCAUUGCAUACAUAUGUAUGUAUGUAUACACAUAGUAUUUGUAGAAUGCAAAAACAUUUAGCAAUAUAUGCAUACAUAUGUGUGCUUGAAAAUAAAUAUCCUAUAUCCUGAGGACAAACAGUAAAGGCGCACAGCUCUGCCUUAAAAUAAAUGAACCUUCAAUACAU